CGCCCCGCCCGCAGGCGCGCGGCUCCUCGGGGCGGCURCGAGGGAAAGCGCUCGAGCGGCAGGCGCGGCCGGCACGUGCGCGCGCGUGCACGCGUCGCCCCUCUCGUCUCCUCCCCCGCGGUGGCCGCCGCCAUGAUCGUGUUUGUCAGGUUCAACUCCAGCCAUGGCUUCCCGGUGGAGGUUGGUUCGGAUUCCAGCAUCCUCCAGCUGAAGGAGGCAGUUGCCCAGCGACAGGGAGUUCCAGCUGACCAGCUGCGGGUGAUUUUUGCAGGGAGGGAGCUCAGCAAUGACUUGACACUGCAGAACUGUGACCUGGCCCAGCAGAGCAUUAUUCAUAUUGUCCAGAGUCCACAGAAGAGCAGUCUGGACAAGAAGACAGAAGAUAACUGUGCUGGAGGUGUUCUAAAAGCCUUCACAAGACAACCUGAAAGUCUAACUCGCGUAGAUCUGAGCACCAGCGUCCUCCCAUCCGUCUCUGCAGGGUUGGCAGUUAUUCUGGAUCCUGGAAAAAACAGUGUUUCACUUCCUUCUGAACAAUCAGGUGCAGCAAGUUACAACAGUUUUUAUGUUUUCUGCAAAAAUUUCUGCCAAGCUGUGAAGCCUGGGAAGCUGAGGGUCCGCUGCAACGUGUGUAAACAAGGAACCCUGACGUUGGCAAGGGGCCCAUCUUGCUGGGAUGAUGUGCUGUUUCCCAACAGAAUAAGUGGUGUUUGCCAGUCCCAAGGGUGCARUGGAAAUGUGGCGGAGUUUUACUUUAAAUGUGGAGCACACCCAACCACUGACAGUGAAACAUCUGUGGCUUUGAACCUCGUUACAACAAACAGUCGCUCUAUCACAUGUAUAACAUGCACAGAUAUUAGGAGUCCUGUGCUUGUGUUCCAAUGUGUGCAUCGCCAUGUCAUUUGCCUGGACUGCUUCCACCUGUACUGUGUGACCAUGCUGAAUGACCGCCASUUCAUCCAUGACCCAGAGCUUGGCUAUUCCCUCCCCUGUGUAGCUGGCUGUCCAGAUUCCUUGAUUAAAGAGCUUCAUCACUUCAGGAUUCUGGGAGAAGAACAGUACAACCGCUACCAGCGCUAUGGAGCCGAGGAAUGCGUGCUGCAGAUGGGAGGAGUGCUGUGUCCAACUCCUGGCUGUGGAGCAGGGCUGCUUCCKGAGCCUGGGCUGAGGAGAAUUGUGUGUGAACCAGGCAAUGGAAUAGGCUGUGGGUCUGUGUUCUGCCGUGAAUGUAAAGAAGAAUACCACGAAGGGGAAUGCAGCUCUCUCCUCAGCUCGCAGGGAGCCAUGGCCCAGAAGGGCUACGUAGUUGAUGAACAUGCAGCCAUGCAAGCGCGAUGGGAAGAAGCAUCUAGAGAAACAAUCAAGAAGACAACCAAGCCAUGCCCCAACUGCAAUAUUCCAGUAGAAAAAAACGGUGGCUGCAUGCAUAUGAAAUGUCCUCGCCCUCAGUGCAGAUUUGAGUGGUGCUGGAACUGUGGCCUGGAGUGGAACAGAACCUGCAUGGGAAAUCACUGGUUUGACUAGCAGUGCUGAGGCCAGCCCGUGUUGCUGCUAAAGCUUGCUUUCAUCAGGGCCAGAUUCUGAACCCCUUGCUUAAACAAAAUUCCCAAUGCUUUUAGGGAGUUCAGAAGUUGGCCUAGUUUGUGGGGUUUUUGCUUUAUUGCACAUGCAAUCAUACCAAAAUCACAUUGAAGUUAUGCCAAGGGUUUUUAAUCCGCUGAGUAAAAAGAAUGAUUGUUUUAAUGGACAGACUUACUCAUCAUGGUACAAAGGGGUAAAUUACAACUUUUUGAACUUGUGCAGUCUGUCWACAUGGAGCGGUUACCAUGAGAAACCUUACUUGACAUUUAUUGUCAGGAAUCCAUAACUCUUGCAAGAGGGAGCAGCCUGCAUAUGUGUGUGAGUGUGAGCAUUAAGGGAGGUGUAAGAUGUUUCCUGCGUUAUCUGCCUUUUCAAUUUGACCACUWCUUUGCUCAUUCAGCACAAUUUUCGAUUUUGAGGCAGUAUUUCUUAACAGCAUUUUUGGCAGAGUGAAGACUGUGGCUCUCAAGUGUUUUCUCAGGGUUUCUUCCUAGCAGGCUUUCUGUAGGGUUUUUGCUUUCAAAUGAAAUUCUCAYGGAAACACCCAGCUUUAUGCCAUACUUGUGUAUUUGUGAUACACAACACCAAGCCUGCCUACCUGCUCAUUCCAGACUUUGUUACCAUGGGAAGGUGAGCUGAGUUUGCAGUUUCAGCCCUAUCCUGGUUGCUACAGAGGAGACUGGAUCCCAUUAAGUGUUGUGCAAGACAUACUCACGUGGCUUCAUUUUUCUUGUMCUUAUGGAAUGCUUUGGACAUGGCAAAGCAAGGCAGGAGGAGACUUCUCAGGGCUUUUCUCUACCAUCAUUCUCCUAAAUUGAAUUAGAAUGUGGGUAUGAUUCUGAAAAUAUAUUAAUUGCUGUAAAAGUAUGGGGCAGAGGGACAGGUUUGUUUUAUGAUGUUAACACAGUAAGUAAAGUUUAAUAGCACUUCCAAGCCUGAACAAUUAUACUGUUUGUGAUCUUUACAUUGACGUCUUUCUGUGAAAUGAAAUGGAUAAUGUCCACAUUCAACACAGCAUGUAAGGAUUUGCACAGUUUAGUUUUGGAGGAAAAAAGCGCACAAUAAAUAAAGUGUCAAAUUUUUAAGCUUUAUUUCUUUUUUUCRUUUGAAUACAAAGUGAGUACAAAUAUGUUGGGUGGGUCUUGCAUUGCCUUGACUGAUUCAAACUCCCAGCUGAGAGGCUAGCCCUUUGAUCAAGACAUAAUGUUAGCACAAAAUAAUUCCACAACCAUGRUCUUCUUUUAUYAAGUUUGAACUAAUAUUUUGUAUGGCAUGAAUGUACAGUCCUGAAAAUAUGGGUGUGCCUCAUAUCAGUGCAGAGCAUGAAGCUUGAGGCAUAAAAAAAAUCCCAGGCUCACCAAAAAAAACAUCCAGUUGCUAAAAGCAGUGAAGUAUUCAUCUGUCGAAACUGGAAGUGACAUUAGAAGUGUGAGGAAAUGAAUGAAGGCAUGAGGUACCAAAAAUGAGAGAGUGAACCGGUAGAAUUUAAAAAUUAGAAACAAAGGUGCUAGAAGACAAUGGACAUUUCCUAAAUGUAAUUUUCCUGUUUGGCACUGCUGAACUCAAAUUUAUGCAGAAGUAGCUACAUUGAAGUGUAAGCUUGCAAUCAAAUGCCGCAGUGUAGCUCAUUUAAGUACAUUGUCUUAACRGGGAUAUUUUAUUGUGAGCUCUGAUUAUCUCAUGAUUUGAUUUCCUGUAUCUGGGUCUAUUUUAUAAUUCAURUGGCUUGCUUCCAACAGGCUAGGGAAAAAGUAACAAUGCUUCAUUUUACUUUGAUCAUGCAUUACAUGGGAGUUCAUCACUGUAUUUCAUAUUCAAAAACAUUCAGAAUAAAAGAAGUCUGAAUCUUUCCUAAUUUUUUAAGUGUCUUUCUCAUAAAGAAAUAAGUUAUUCGCUAUCAGGCAGUUUCACUGAGUUAGAGCCUAACCUAACACGUUAAUGUUUUAAUUGUUAGGUAGAAAUGUGUGAUUUACCCCUCCUGGAUCAAGGUCAGUUAAAGUGAAUGGACUACAGACUUUCUCUUGUGUUUCCUUCUGGCCU